GAGAGAGAGCUUCUCUCUCUGAAAACAUAAAAGGAAGAGGAAUCCAGCACAGCAGCGCUCCAAAACUUACUUGAUAAGAUCGUAGAGAAAGAAAAAGAGGAGGCGCAUGAGCCCACCCACACCCGCUGCUGCACAGCAACUAAAAUCCAAACCCCCCCAUUUUCUCUCUUUCUCUCUCUCUCUCUCUCUCUCUCUCUGUGAUUCUGCUCAGGCAACCACACAAAUGCUGCUAAAAAACGUGAUCCACAAAGCGAAGGAGCUAUUAAGCCUCGACAACCUCAGGCAUGUCUUCCUUGGAGGCUAUCAAAGGCUCAGAGCCACAACCCCAAACCCCUCCUCUUUCUUUUCUUGUGCCUGCACCCGCUCAACUUCCUCCAAAAUUCAUCACAGUUUCAGAGAGACCACCAUGCUCUGGGACCCCCAAACCCAACACCAACACCUACACCAACACCUCACCAAACCCACUGCUCCUGUCGUCGUCCUCUCCAGAGAAGACAGAAACAGGGUACCAGAGAGAAGGAGGGGUGAAGACAGAAACAGGGUACCAGAGAGAAGGUGGGGUGAAGACAGAAACAUGGUAGUAGAGAGUAGGAGGGGUGAAGAGAGAGAAAGGAGUUGGGAGGAGAGGAUGCAGACUCGUGAGAAGGUGGCGCAGAAGCUGAGGGAGCUCGAGAUGUUGGAGCGUGGGAACGUGGAGCACGUGUUGGACAUCGAGGAAACCCUGCAUUACUACUCCCGCCUCACCUGCCCCUUCUACGUCGACAUUUUCAACAAGUUCUUCUUGGACAUGUACCCUGAUUCCCUCAUCUCUCAUCAAAACGAUCUCCCAAUCCCACAAAACCAGAAGAAAACACUCUCCUCACACACUCUCAAACCUUCACCUUACUAGAUUUCUUUCUCUCUCCUCCUCCUUUCUUUGUGUUUCCCUCCUCUUCCUUCUUCACAGUUUGUGUUUGUGUUUGAGA